CACCUGUUUUAGAUGUAGAUUUUGGUCCUGAUGUCCCUACGGCUGGUCAAUCCGUAACUUUUUUUUUUAAAACUGCAUUACAAGAUCCUGUCCCUCCAACUACUACUCUUACAAUUCAAUUUACUAGUGGAGGUAAACCCUUAGAAAUUUGGGCACUUCCAUCUGAUGAAGGACAAACUCAAUAUAUGUUUAAUAAGACUGUUCUGGUACCAGAUCAGUUACCAGCUUCUUUUAAGAUUAGAGUUGACUUAUUAGAUGUUAUUUCUAAUACUCAUUAUGCCUGCGUUGUGUUUACUAGACCUUAA